AUAGGGCAAAAAUAGGGGGGAAGGACAAAGGAAAGAGCGAUGCCUACAUUAAAUCAAUUGAUUCGUCAUGGUAGAGAAGAAAAAUGGCGCACGGACCGUACUCGAGCUUUGGAUCAAUGUCCCCAGAAGCAAGGAUUAUGCCCGCGUGUUUCAAUGAGAACACCGAAAAAACCUAAUUCAGCUCCACGUAAGAUAGCCAAAGUACGGUUGAGCAAUCGACAUGAUAUAUUUGCUCACAUUCCAGACGAAGGUCAUAAUUUGCAGGAACAUUCUAUGGUCUUAAUAAGAGGAGGUAGAGUGAAAGAUUCGCCAGGUGUGAAAUUCCAUUGUAUUCGAGGAGUCAAGGAUUUGCUGGGAAUUCCGGAUCGAAGAAGAGGCAGAUCAAAAUAUGGUGCGGAAAAACAUAAAAUAGAUAUGAAUGGAAGAUGCCUCUGUAACUCCUUUUUCUCGGUAAGGAUAGGCACGAAGUCACUCGACUGAAAGGAGAGGGAACAACCACAACGUUACACCCCAAAACUAUACGGAGCCCUUCCGAAUGACAUAGAAUAUAGUCUACCUCACUCUUUCUUGGCUAGUCUAGUAGACUCUAUUCGCCCGUGGAGGUGAGUGGAGGAAGCUGUGAAGCUUCUAACUCUAAUUACCAACUCGGGACUAUAUUAGUAUAAAGCGGCAUUAUCCCUUUACUAAAUCCUCCCUCGCUUACCACCAUGAACAAGACCUUUCCCGAUCAAUUGGUUUUUCAUUAUUUAAUAAGAAAGAUGGCAAAUCCUACCAUUGUAUUUCCUUUUUUCAUUUGGAUCCUAUCAACUUAGAGAGUGUCUAGAUUAAGACACUUCUCGUAUUCGGACUAUCAAGAUCGACUAAAUGAGAGUGUGGCUGACAUGGUAAAAGAACAAAUCAGCCACACUUUUCUGGACCCCUUUUUUUACUAGCUUUAAUUCCACUCCCAGCAGGACACAAUACACUUAAUGUAAUAAAGAUUUUUCUAGGAGAACAAAAUGAAGCUAAUUUACAGCUCUUGUCAUAUAUCUAUAAUUGCUUCCAAUAAUUAUGAAUAUAUAGUGAAUUUUUUGCGCAAGCCGUACAUAUUGCGUUAACAAUAAUGGGGGGAGGUGGUUUUGGUUAGUUAAAUAUAAGUUGUAGUUUGAGUCCUCUCGAGGACGGGCCCCCUUUUUUUGGGAAAGGAUAGUGGGUAGGGCUUAUCUUUCCCUUCAACCAGCCACUCUUUUAGUUCCCAAAAUAUAUAUAAUCCAGAAUCCUUUUAAGCGCCUUAUCACGAAAGUGACCGAGCAAGCAGAUGAUUUCCCCUAAGGCACCGAUGGACCAACGCCUUCGUAUGUAUAUCACCCGAAUUUCUUGAUUCACGGCGUCGAGUAUUUGCACUUUAGAUAUCAUGAAUCGACCUGUAGACGGUGAUACCGCCACCUUUGGCGACGUGAUCCUUUCUUAUUCACUUGUGCUGAUGGCGGAGAGGUCGGCGCCUGUGUUCUGGCUCUGGGGGGUGGGUCUUCCCUUUCUCAAUUAUGACGUACUCGGUUAGGUUGCCAUCUAGGUCUCGGUCGGGGGCGACUUCCAAAUUAUGGUCUCAUUCUUCCCUUGAUUCAUGAUCCUUGCAGCUGAAUUAAUCCCCCAUGUGUCGGGACCUGAACCGUGGUGGUGCUCUUCUACAGCUUCUUCUACAUAGGCUCCUCCACUUCUGGAAUUGAAAAAGGAAGCUUUUCCAAGCCCGAACAAGAUCAAAAGAACUGAUCGCUUUCUACAAUAAGAAAAUAGUUAUCUACUAGCCAUGUUUUCUUUCUGUGAUAAUGCCGUAGCGUAGGACUCCAGGAAUUUUGGAAGCUGAACAUGCUCAAAAGAUGCCUAAAGCUUUUAGCUUUGAUCAUUCGACGCCGAGUGAAAGGGUUCCUCGCUAAAUAAAACCAAAGUUCCACAAUCCCUUACCUACCCCAGCCCAUCCCUUCACCCGGAUAAUGACCACUUAAGCACCUCUGGAAGCGAACAGAAAGAGAUGGCAGAGUCCGCCUCGUUCUUAUACGACUUUCUUUCUCUGUGUUCUAUCACUCACGGAUGGCCUACCCAAGGAAGAAAUCCAGGGCAGUCACCUGUAUGUUAGGUAGCCUCCUCACUAAACACAAGUAAGAGCUAGCUUGCAUUGAGAAUGAGGGCCCUCCUAAGGACUUGUUUUCAGCUCCUUACUUACAGAUAAGAGUCAAAGUUCAAACAGCCCACUUUGCUCCGUUGCUCUGCUCGCUCCGAAGAUUCUACAUACCGGCCGUAAAGAGAGAGCGCAGUGUGAUUGGCUCUAUAAUGGAAAUAAUGGAUAUGCUCUUUCGUAGAGCUUCGCUAGCAGUGUCGAGCUUUGCUCACGAUUCGACUGGAACUAAGGACCUGAACUGAAUGGAAUUUCAGAGCUCUCGCGCGGCUAUCUAAAGAAUGAAGAACCGCUACUGAACGAGAGCGAGUGAAGUGAGUAAGCACGGAACGAGCUAAAUAGAAGUUGUAGCAACGAGCUACUAAGGAAUGACUGUGUUGAUGUUUCAAACGUAGAGCUCGGUACUUUCAAUUUCAUGAUUGUAUUCCAGGCUGAGCACAACAUCCUUAUGCACCCAUUUCACAUCUUAGGCCUAGCUGGUGUAAAAGGCGGCUCCCUAUUCAGUGCUAUGCAUGCUUCCUUGGUAACAUCUAGUUUGAUCAGGGAAAGCACAGAAAAUGAAUCUGCUAAUGAAGGUUACAGAUUCGGUCAAGA